AUGGUGCAUGCUCAACAAGUUAAGGAGAGUAGGCUUAAGAGGAAGAUUAGGGAUGCUAGGAAGACAAGAUCUUAUGAAAGAGGUACUUCUAAGGGAAGGGUGUCUAACCAUAGAUACCAAAGGGGAAAAGGUGGUAGUUCACCAAGUGAGAAACCUACUUGUACCAAAUGUGGUAAGAAACAUGUGGGUGAAUGUCUAGUUGGGACGGAUAAUUAUUUUGGUUGUGGAAAGAGUGGCCAUAAGGUGAGGGAUUGUCCCAUGGACAAGGCUCAAGGAAAGAAGAAUAAUCAAUCACAAGCAAGUGGUCCUAGUUCUGAUGCUCCUAAGAAGAACUGCUUAUAUUCUCUCUGCUCUAGGGGUGAUCAAGAGGAUUCUCCCAAUGUUGUCACCGGUAUUUUGCAAAUAUUUUCCAUUAUUGUCUAUGCAUUACUAGAUCCUGGUGCCACUUUAUCUUUUGUAACUCCUUUAGUGGCCAUGAAGUUUGAUGUGUUACCCGAUAUUUUAAUUGAACCUUUUUCGGUUAUUACCCCGGUGGGUGACUCAGUUGUUGCUAAAAGAGUCUUUAGGAGUUUUCCCCUUUUAUUAUCUAAUAGAGUUACAUUGGUCAUAUUGGGGAUAGAUUGGUUACAUGCUUGUUUUGCUUCUAUUGAUUGUUAA